AUGGCCGAUGCGCUAGCUAAUCUAGCAACCAUUUUAGCUUUGUCGGAAGGAGAGACAAUAAGUGUUCCCGUGUGUAAUCGUUGGAUUGUCCCAUCAUUCGUUGAAGUUAGUCAUGAAGACGCUAACGCUACAUCAAUUUCAAUCAAUGAUGAUCAAGAUUGGAGAAUACCAUUGAUCAAUUACUUGAGAAAUGGAGAAUUACCCAGCGAAGUUCGUCAUAAGAUGGAAGUAAGAAAAAGGGCGCCUCGUUUCAUCCUUUACAAGGAUACGCUUUAUCGUCGGUCUUUUGAAGGCAAUUACCAGCGUUGUUUGUACGGUGAAGAGACAGCUGAAGCAAUGAAGGAAGCACAUUCCGGGUUUGUGGUGCUCAUCAGUCCGGUCCGAAGCUACACUUUCAAAUUAAAAGAAUGGGCUAUUAUUGGCCUACGAUGGUCAAAGAUUGUUUGGAUUAUGCAAGGAGAUGUGAGGCUUGUUAACUACACGCGAACUUCAUACACCAACCUCCGGAGGCCUUACAUCCUACAGUCGCCUCAUGGCCAUUUGAUUCCUACUAACUACUUCUCCAAAUGGGCGGAGGCUGUUUCUUUGAAGAAAGUGAAGAAGGAAACAGUGGUCGAGUUUAUUCGUUCCCAUCUUAUCUUUAGGCAUGGAAUACCUCGAUACAUCAUUACCGAUAAUGGAAAACCAUUUUACAACAAGUUGAUGGAUAAGUUAUGUGUGCAAUUUGGGUUUAAGCAACACAACUCCUCAAUGUAUAAUGCGGCUGCGAAUGGUCUAGCAGAGGCGUUCAACAAAACUUUGUGCAAUCUUUUGAAGAAAGUGGUCUCAAAGUCAAAGAAAGAUUGGCACGAGAGGGUCGGGGAAGCUUUAUGGGCAUAUAGGACGACGUAUCGGACUGCCACUCAAGCCACUCCGUAUUCUUUGGUAUAUGGGGUAGAAGCUAUCCUCCCACUUGAAAGUCAAAUACCUUCGCUUCGUAUUGCUAUACAAGAAGGACUAACCGCCGAAGAUAAUGCUCGUCUUAGACUUUAG